UUGGCUCAUAUUUUCUCAUCCGAAGUAUACUAGCGUAAUACGUUUGGACUUCGGAGAUCACUCACGUUUGCCAAGCAAGCUAUAAAAGGCCGACAAAACAAUGGCUGACGACGAAGAUAUCGAGAACUUUGAUGAGGACUUUGAUGAUGGAGACGAACAACUUGAUGAUCUGCCAAACGAAGAGGAAGCCGAUGAUGGAGACCACAUUGACGUGUUACCGGCUGGAGAGGGCGUGCAGCAAACAGAGAGAAUUACAACACCAUACAUGACGAAAUAUGAGCGGGCGAGAGUGUUGGGAACAAGAGCAUUACAGAUAGCGAUGAAUGCUCCUGUUAUGGUGGAACUUGAAGGGGAAACUGAUCCUCUACAGAUUGCUAUGAAAGAACUCAAAGCAAGAAAGAUCCCUAUCAUCGUCCGGCGUUACCUCCCCGAUGGAAGCUAUGAGGAUUGGGGGUGCGAUGAACUUGUUAUCGACUGAGACCAUUGGUGAUCUAUAAAAACAAUUAAAUUAAAAUAUACUCCAGCAUUGACAGUGGUAUUUGAAGUGGUGAAACUUUGCCAUGUCAAGGAGUAUGAUACCUAUAUUGCCGGAUUUUGGGAGAAAAUGUUGAUGGAAUUGGAUGAAAAAGGAGACAUCUGCAGAAAUUUCUGUCUAUCUUUUUUUUUAUCAUGACGAUAACUUCGCACUGCUUUCAUCAGCCAACUUCCAUUUGGAAUCCCAGCAACGUUUACUUCAUGAGAAUUCACAUCUGCUUCAUUCACAUCGGCUCCAGAGGGGAGUAGGGAGACCAAGAUUUUGUACCCUGGCUUGCCCCAUAUCUGUCAAUCACAAACCGUAAAAUCAUAUUUCACUUUUCAUGUUGUUACAGAAGUUGGAGAUACACUGUACUUGAGGUAAUUAUAAGCUAUUUUAUUUCUUGUAACUGGUGUGUUGUACAUUUUGACUGAACAUUCUGAUAUAUUUUCGUGGUAUUUGGUGAUCAUCUCUCCCUCAAGAAGAUGAAAGAAGAUGUAACAUAAAACUUUUCACCUGAAUUUAGAGCUGAUUUGUAUGCUGGAUUGAAUUUAUCAUCAUGUGCAAUCAAGUAUACUAAUCAACUUUACGAUCAAUCGUUCAAGGUUGUUUAAUAUACCAUGUCAAGAUAUUCUGUAGCCACUCUCGAUUUAACAAAUUUUAUUGAUACAUAAUUUUUUUUGCCCUGGAAUGAAAAAUGUCACUUGUCUCUGCAUCGUUUAUUUGUUGCCUUGGUUACACCCUGUUGAUUUUAUUCAUGUAAAUGCUGCUAACCCAUUGCUAAUUGUCAUACCAUAUCUGGGGCCCGUCUUACAAAGAGUUGCGAAUGAUAUGAUCUAUCGCAACUAUGGAAAGCCACCAUCGUCAACAUCUAAAACACAUUUGUUCAAAAUAAUUACUAGAAAUGAUGUAUAUUCAUGCAUUAUCUGUUUUAUUCUUUUUGUUUUCAAAGGAUAUCAAAUAAAUUUCCAAAAGAAAAAAUUAUGACAUUGUUGGAUUUCCAUAGAGUUACGAUCGAUCGGAUCAAUCGUAACUCUUUGUAAGGCGGGGCCCUGAAUGAUCUUUUACUCAAGAAAAUCCAAGGUCAAGCUACAAUUUACAAUCUUCAAUGAGUUGUCCAUUCACAUAUGAGGUCUAUUUUAAUAAAUGUUGUACUUCAAACCUAAAAUAUAUGUACAUAUAUAUUCAAGCUGCAUUUGAUUUGUGAUUUUGUUAAUUUUUUUUAACAACAAUGAAAAUUUCCCCCUGUAACAGGUGUACUGUAUACGUAGAAUUUUAGAUUUGCUUCAACUUAUACCUCAGUCACAUUUGCUCUACGGCCAUGGGCAGAAAUCCCAGGGGGGACAGUUGGAUGUGUCCCCCUACCUAAAAUAGUAGGGGGGGACACAAUAUCAAAUGUCUUCCUACUAUCUUUGGUCUUUUAUGAUGGAAAGAAAUACAUCAUUCAAAAUCGAAAUAAAACAUGUAUUUAGGACGAGAUGACCAUAAUAUUUGGGAGAUAACCUUUUUAUUUCCUUUUUUUUUUCUUUGCUUGUCAAAUUUAUAUUGGUCGAAAUUAUCUUACAUUUGGGGUGAUAACCUUUUUUUUUUCUUGUCAAAUUUUCCAGUCCCUGGUCCCCCCUAUUGUGGGGGAGAGAUUUCUGCCCUUGUCUACGGCAAGUCGAAAAUGGCCUUUUUAACAUUUUUUGUACCAGCUAUGUGUAGGCGGUUUGAAUAAAAAUGAAUAAUACAGCUGUUUUCGAUUCACUGUAUGGCUGCCUUGGGGGAUAUUUGACUGUAGCAUUACUUGUAUGCUGAAAAGUGAUUGAAAUAAAAUUCCUUUCAUACUUUCAAGUUCAUACAGUUGCUAAUUUAUGUCUUACAGAUCACAUCUUCAAAAAUUCAUACCAUAUAUGAUUUUUUUCUUUCAAUAUGAAAUUUGUCAAAAUGUCACUGUUCUUGGUUCUGUUGCAGAAAGAGUUGCAAUUAAAAGCAUUUAAACAAAUCAAACCCAGCUUGGUUUUCAGCCAAUCACAAGUGCUGAUUCGGGAAUUGUGUUUAUUUCUUUCUGCCAACAGGCUUCUGAUCCUCCCAUUUGCUUCUAGCGACAAGGCCCCACUUCACCUCCCUGGCCUUUAUUUUCAGGUUGUAAACCCUUUUCCCUCUUUGAUAUGAUUUAGGCAUCACAAUUUUGUAUCAUCAAUAUUGGUCCAAUUAGCAGUAAAUAGGCACCAAUCAUGCAGCCAGAGCUCAUGAAUAUUCAUAUCAAUUAUUUUUACAUGUAUGUUUAAUUAAAUUGAUAAUUAUGUGGAACCAAGCAUAUAAUCAAUCACUAACAUUUGUGCUACAGGCCCUCGGCUGCCCGUUGUCAUUGAAUGCAAAAUUAUCAGUAUCAAAAUAUAAUCAUAUUGUUGAUGGUAUUUUAGAACCUCAUAUCUCACAAGAAAUAGAAUGAGUGCAGCUCAGAAAAAGUUUCAUUUUAGAGAUAUAUGACAUAAAGAGGAAACCUUGUUUUUUUUGCUGAGGACAAAUUUUCUACAUGAAUUAGGGGACUAUUUUCAGACAAAAUGAGGUUGCCACCAUUUUCAAUAUUUCUAAAAUACAGCUUUUUCUUAAUUUCCCUCAUUUUUUUUUCAAUUUUGAGAUAAAUUUUAACACCCGAAGGCACUUGUAAUUGGUUGAAAAUCAAGUUGUGUUUGAUUUGUGGAGUUGCAAUUGAUUGCAAAGAUUUCUGCAGCAGGCUCUUUAAUUGGCUGAUCUGUAUAAUGUUAUCAAUCAGUAAAACCCCGACAUCAUGUCUUUUGUGCAUUAAUGGCAGGAUAGUCUCCAUGUUUGUAUUGAAUGCUCUUUUAGUAAUAAAACAACGAAAAUAGCUUUA